UGUCCACCGGCUAUUCAAGAGUGCAAAGUCCUGUUUGACAGAAUGUAUGCUCCCAAGAGCACUACAAGCCUCGACAAAGAACUUGCUGAAGAUCCUUUGGACGACAGUGCGAUAUUGCAUGCAAGACUAAGAUUUGAUGGUAUUAUUUACAGCAGAGCUUCUACGCAUGUUGGGAAUAGUCAAGUCCUUUUUUACCCUCAGGGUGACCGGUUGUCAUCUCCUGUCCCUGGCAGCAUCCAACAUAUCUAUGCUAUGCCCACAGGUGAACUGGUAUUUGCUGUACACAGACAGCUCUCACUGUAUUGUCAUGACCACACUAUUGACCCUUUUGCUGUCUAUCCCAAUUUUCCUGCAAAAUUGUAUUCAUCAAGCUUUAGCAGUUCUUUAGAAACUGUCAAGGUAUCUUGGGUCAUUAGUCACUUUGCUUGA